AUCAAGUAAAAUAUCUUAACAUCAUUUACAAGGUUAUUAUUAAUCGAAUCAGUAUUUUUCAAUCGGUAUAUUAAAUAAAUGAUCAGUAUUUAUGAUAAAACAUAAAUACGUAAUAUAAAAACGUACGGUAUUAUACAUCGAUCGAUGCGCAAAUUUUACGAUGUUUUGAAAUUUUUUUCGAUAUCUUAAAAAAGAUAAAAUCAGUAUAUAUAAUAAAUUCGGAUAAACGCGCGCACGUAACGAAGGUAUAAAAGUAAAAUUUUAAACGUAAUGACUUAUACCGACUGUUAUUUAUUUUACAAAAAUGCGUGUCGUUAAUCGAUUAAAAAAAAAAAAAAUACUGACCAAACAAACAGAAGUACAUUCCCAAUGUAUUGACGCGAUCUAAUAUAAAUUUUUUUCGAUUCUAACGUUCGAGAUGAAAAGAAAAAGAGAGAGAGAGAGAGAGAAACAAAAAAAAAAUAAAAAGAAAAUAAAGAGGAAAAGAUGGGAGAUAUUUAAGCGAUAUAGAUAAUAAUGGUGUCCUGAAAGUCAUCAGCAAUAAUGUCGAAGAAGAGUUGAAAGACGCCAAGCCGGUGAUAAACGGGCUCCUCUCUCGUGUAUGCUCGUAGUCGAUCGUUAAGUCAGUUCUUUCGAGUUGCUCGAAGACGUCGGUCGUGACGCAGUUUAUCGUUUUCGUUGUUUAGUGCACCGUUCUUCCACAAUCAUCUUAAAACGUCGGGGAACGUGUCUAAUCGUUUUAUUUCUUUUCUUCUGCUCUUUUUUUUUCUUUUUUUUUUUUUUUCCCCCUUUGCUUCUAAAUAUUUUCAACCUCGACCAACAUUUUCAUAAUCUAUCCUCGCUUUUCUCUUUUCCUUUUCUUCUUCUUCUUCUUCUUCGUUUUUUCUUUUUCCCCUCCGGUAAUGUACAUUCGCAAUUGUACUUGGUGGAUGCGUGAAUUUGACAAAAGCAGGUCGAGCAGGUCGGUCGAAUUUGUGAGAUAAAAAUCGGUCCUGGGUUAGUGGGUUCUAAGUAAGAAAGAAGAGAACGAAGGGUCGAGAGACAAAAAGAGGAAGAGAGAGAGAGAGAGAGAGAAAGAAGAGGACGAAGGGAGGAAGGACUGUGGUUGCCUCGACCUCUCAGGUGUAUAUAUCUAUAAGGCUGAUGAUCCAGGUAUACUGAUCUAAUAAACCAGAUUUUUUCAUCUUCGAAGCACGCAAGAUAAAACCAAACAAAAAUUAUUAUUAUUAUGAUUAUGUGGAUUGGUGAGACCUAACGAAAGAAAAGAAAAAAAAAAAAAAAAACGAAGAAGAGAUUAAUGACAAUUACUACGACUAUCGUAAAAAUGCAAUGACAAGAAACAAAUGAUUUAUAAUUGAUUCGAUCUAGUGAUAUUAUUAUAAUCCCUAGUGGAGAAAUAGAUAGGAUAAUCUAGUGAUCUAGUUUGGUUAGUUAACAGAAAAAAAAAAAUAUAUAUAUAUAUAUACGAAAAUGACUACUGUCUUGUCCGAUGAGGAUGGCGGGGGUGGGAACGCUAUGAAAUUGAAACAAAAACUUUUAAAUCGUUCGAAUGUAAAGGAAGAAACGCGUUCCUUUUUAAAUUUUUCACGUGAAAACUUGAGUAUAUCGCAGGCUGAUUUGGAACGGGGCUUCAACAAACAACGUUUCAGACCAAACAAAUACACUGUAUUAAGUACAGUCGCAUUGUUAAUAGCACUUUUAUGUCUCGCUUUGGAAACAUGGAAAUUACGUUGUUCGUUGGUCAAUUCUCGUGAGAUCGAAGAAUUGAAAAGAGAUGUUAAAAGUCUAAAGCAUAGAUUUUUACAACAAGAUCUUUUGGACGAAUUGAAAGCAUUCGAGGAACAGCUUUAUGCCGGAGAAUCUGCUGACGAGGAAGAUCCAGGAGAGGUGGAUAUCGAUAACGCAGAAUACGAUUCGAAUUACGAUGACGAGUCUUCAUCCUCGUCAUCAUCGUCGUCAUUGUCGUCGUCCUCGUCAUCGUCGUCGUCGCACGAUUAUUCCAGUGAUUAUCGCACCUUAUCCAUCAUUUCAAAGAACUCCGACAUCUCUAAAGGAUUGACUACUAAGUCAACAAUAACAAAAACAAAAACAACGACGUCAACGUCAACGUCAAAAUCAAUGUCUACCGAUUUCGAAUCAACGUCCACUCAGGAUCCUGUUUCGGAUAAGGCAUUGGUUGAAUUAUUUGCCGCAUUAAGGAAAGCCGAAGCUAAGCAAGGUGAAAAAUUUGAAAAAAAUGUCCGCGAAAGUCAUCGUAAUCUUGAACGUGAACGUUUCGAGAACGUUGAUUUACUCGCGAACAACGAGGACAAUAUAAAAGAAAGACUCGACGAUGAUCUUCGUAAUAAGGAAAAAAAUCUUGACGCCGUUGAUCUCGAUCCGAUCAAAAGGAAAAGAUCGAUAAGGGAGGAAAAUCAUUCGGACGAUGGUGCCGUUACGAAUAGAACUUCGCGUCAAAGAAAUCAAACUCAAAGGAAAAUCGGAUCGUCGAGGCAUCGUUUUCAUAACAACGAUGAAUCUGGAAAAAUAGCGAUUAAUGAUCGUUCUUUGCCCGAAUCAAUAAUUUCCUCGGAAAGACAUCCUCCAAAGAAGUUUAACUCCCACACGCAUCCGGAAACGUCUCGGGCAUUUCCUUCGAGUCGCUACAAUGACGAUAAUUUAAGCGACGAAAUUGCUCGAUCAAUUCUGCAGCCUGAUGAAGGAGAAAAGGAUUAUACAGAUCGAGCCAAUUGGAAACAAGCUCACGACAAUAUGGAGAUCUCAAAUGUUUCUAAAGGAUUACGUCGAGCAGUUAAUAGACGUCAUUUGAGAGCACCUCGUCAGGUUUGUGCAAUACAUUAUGGCGCCGAUAGCAUAUUAUUUUCUGAAGAUGAUGAACAUACCGGUAAUGGCCGAGCUCGUCACGGAAAUGGUAUCUUCAAAGCUUGGAGACCAAGCGACUGGGUAUCAGAUUUAGGGAUGAAUAAAUAUUUUGCUUUAGCCAAUGACGGUAAACUCACUGUCCACGAGCCCGGAUUAUAUUUGGUUUAUGCACAAAUUCAUUAUUUGGAUGAACACGAUGAAAAUGGUUUUCAUUUAUUGAUAAACAACAGGCCAUUAUUUCAAUGCACGAUCUUCAGUCCAAGCGUUGGUCACAAAAGUCGAUCUUGUUUCUCGGCACAGGUGACCAUUCUUCAAGCUGGAGACAUUUUGAUUCUUAAAGACAUUGGUAUAGAUAGAUAUACUCUUUUUCAACACGACAAGAGUUUCUUUGGUUUAGUUAAAUUAGGCGAGUCCAGACAGCAAAGGCAUCCAUCAACACAAUUACCACCAUAAUGAUGAUAUGAACGUCUUAUCGUCGUUUUUAAAAUUAUAUUUAGAUCAAUGUAAAACCAACGGGACGUAUCCCCGUUCUUGUUUUUUCUUUUCUUUUUUUGUUUUUCAUGAAAAAGAAUGUAAUGUACAUACAUAGACGUAAUUUGUUUGAUAGAUUUUUUUUCUUUUCUUUUUUUAAUUUUUUUUUUUCUAUUAUUGCUCAUGAUUUCAUGCUACGUCAACAUUUCUUUCAUCCAUUUCUAACGCAUAACUUUUAUAUACAUACCACGUAUACAUGUAAUUUCAUUAUAUAUUUUUUUUUUUUCUGACAGUAUUUCGAUAUAACGCGUUUGAUGUUUAUUUUACAAUAUAAUUAUAAUAAAAUGGUAUGUAAUGUUCAUCAAUAAUAUCUUUGUUACAAUUUCGUUAUUAUAUAUUAAUGAGCUUUUAUUAAUAGCUUUAUGAUAAUUACAUCAAACGCAAUGAUACGAGUGUAAAUAAUAUUUUAUAUUUUGUUAUUAAAAUAAAUAAUACAUAAGUACUAUGCUUUAUAAUACUUGUCACUCCCUCCUCCCCCCCCCCACACACACACACACUCAAAUUAAGUUUCUUUGAAUUAAAAAAACAAGAAUCCUUUCUUUUUUAUAACAACUUUCAAUGGCAAACGAACGUUGUCAACAAAUUACAAAAGCAAUAUUUUUAAAUCAAAUAAUAAAAAAAACAAAAAAAAAAAAAAAAGAAAAAAAAACAGAAGAAAAAGGAAUGCUUUAAUUGUAACACGUAGGAUGAAAAACUAAAGAAUUUUUCUUAAUAAGUUGAAAAGAUUUUUUUUGUCUCUUUUUUCUUUUUUCUUUUUUUUUUUUUUUUUUUUUUCUUCAAAAAUAAAUCUCAUAAUU